ACUCAUAUCAAUGGCUUAUGAUUUGUAGAUGCUACGGUUAGUCGCAGCCACAUUCGUGUGCUUGCUAAUGGUUUCGGCUAAACGCGUUGCCAAUGGAACUCGUUGUUCAAAGAAUCAGGUCAUUUCCCGUCUGACCGUAUUUGAAGAUGGUACACUCGAAGCAGAAUGUGGUCCAGUGCCUUGCGGAGAAGUAGGGCGACGAUGUAUAGAGGAUCAGACGAGCUGCCGAGCUGACACUGACAUAUUCUCUGGAAUGCGAUGGGCUCCAAAUGGCCAGAGCGUUUUACUGCGAUGCUGUACUAUCAAAGUUCCGAAUAAAAUCUAUGUUGGAACGGAUUUAGUUACUGCCGGAUCAUAUUAUGAAGGUGGCCCGAUUGCCAAAAAAGAUAUGUAUUACCCUAAAGGCAGAGAAUUCGACUUCAUCGCCAAUGUUCGCACAGAACAAGGUGGUGUCCGAGUUUGGGUCUAUCGCGUAGCAUGUGGUGACAAUGAUCAACGAGUAGAUUUUGAACCAGUUCUCGCUCAGACUCCACUCGUUCCCAGUCGUCCAGUUGCUCAAGCAGAAGUGGCGGACGAGCAAAAGCAAAAGGUCGUGAAUGAGCCACAGAAUAACGAAGAAGAAGCCGAAGAAGAAGGAGAAGAUGAGGAAGGCGAGGAAGAAGAGGAAGAAGAGGCUACAAAACCUCCAGUAGAGUUCAACCCACUUCGCUAUCGCCCUCCAAAUGUACAACGAUCGUCUACUGGAAAAAUUGCCUGAAUGAAGAGGAGUGAUCUCAAAGCUAAAAUCUGAAAGAUGAGCGUUUUCGAGAAGACAUAUGUAUCUUUGUAAAUUAUUAUUUGAUCUACGGUAUUUGCCAUUGAUGGCUAAUAUUGUAGUAACUAUGUGACCUCUUGUCUACAUUCCACAAACACGAGUCCUGUUAUUCAAUCGCUUGUAUUAUUAAUAAGAGUCUGAUAGCAUUGAUAAUCUGUUGAAUCAUUUUGUAAGUCGUUUUAUCGCCGAUUUCAUAUAUAUGCCCAACAAUAAACCUUUUUCUCAAA